GGCAGACCAGUGCCCAGAAGCCAAUCACAAUAAUCGCUGCGUGCCGGCGCCAUGACAGCUAGCCAAUGAGAGUGCGGCCCGGGUUUGUAGUCAGGCAGACAUGACAAAGCCGUCCAAUCACAAAAAGAUCUGAAGGGGAUUUUUGCUCUAUCUCUGCUCAGAUGGUGUGACUGGGGCAGAGAUGUCGGAGGACAGUGCUACUCAUCCAGUGGACCUGGAGCCACCGGAGGGCGACACAGAGCCCAGCAUGCUCCUGCAGAAGCUCAAGAACAACAUCUCCAAACAAGUUCAGACCAAAGUGGAGCAGAUUUUAACAGAGGUGCAGCGGUUCUCAGACAAUGACAAACUGUACCUGUACCUGCAGCUGCCCUCAGGCCCCAGCUCCGGAGACAAGGGUGGAGGAGACUGUGGCUCUCUGAACACAGCUGACCAGCUUCACACCUGUAACUGGAUCCGGAGUCACCUGGAGGAGCACUCAGACACCUGUCUGCCUAAACAGGACGUCUAUGAGACCUACAAGCGUCACUGUGAAAACCUACAGCAUCGUCCACUCAGUGCUGCAAACUUUGGAAAAAUCAUUCGGGAUAUUUUCCCAAAUAUCAAAGCCCGAAGACUUGGAGGAAGAGGCCAGUCCAAAUACUGCUACAGUGGGAUUAGGAGGAAGACGGUGUUGAACAUGCCUCUGCUGCCCAACCUCGACCUGAAGAACGACCCCUCGGAGCUGACGGAGCUGGUGCAGACGUACAAACACGAGGUGACAGAGGCGGCGUGCGAGCUGAUCUGUGAUUGGGCGCAGAAGAUCCUGAAGCGUUCCUUUGACACUGUGGUCGAGAUUGCCCGCUACUUGAUCCAGGAGCACAUUGUCAACCCACGCUGCGCCCAGGCAGAGCUGGUGACCGGUGCCGCGCUGGCAGGGUGUCCUGUCAAACCGUACAAAGUGAUAAAGAAGACCUCAGGCGUCUCUAAACCGGACUCGGACUCCACCUCAGACCCAAAGAAGGACACGGGCGACUUGUGCGUCUCUGUGAAGGACCGAGUCAAGCCAUCUGAGCCUCAGCCCCGUCCGGCCGUGGGGCGCCACCUGCAGGUGGAGGCGUACAUGAAGAAGUUGCCGACGAUCCUGCCGCGCAGCUCUCUCCCCGACUCUCUGUCUGUUCGUUCAUCUCCUCCGUCUCUUGCUCCUAAGGACGCCUCGGGGGCAUCAGCGUCGGCUAACCCGGCUAACACCACUAAUGCUCCGGCUGCUAACUCGGGCGGCGGGGUCAAGGUUAUCGCCAUGGCAGCGCUGCAGCCGCCGCAGCAGGGGGCGGUGCCGCUCAUGAUCCUACGAGCGGAGAACAUGGCCCCACCCCCAAACAGCUCCGGGCCAGCUUGCCCCGCUCCCUCCGCCGCCGCGCACACUUCGGUUGUGCAGAAGGCGAAGCGACGCCUGGAAAACGCUCCUCACACCCCAAACACCGCACCACCUGUCAAACGCAAACGAGGACGUCCCAGGAAACCCCGGCCAGAAGAGGCCCAACCCCCUGCGCCGCUGCCUGCCCAGGCCCCACCCUCCAUCAUCACCUCAGUGACAGGCGGUGUGAUCCAGAAGGCCUCGUCCGCCCCUAGUGUCUCUGGCUCCUCUGUGGUGGAGUUGGUGAUCCAGGACCCGGCACUGGUGUUCGGGCACCUGCCGUCCGACAGGGGCGUGGUCCUGGGAGCACCUCCCGACAGGGGCGUGGUUCUGGGAGCACCACCUGACCGGGGUGUGGUCCUGGGAGCGCCGCUCCUACUCCAGAACCCCAACUGGGAGCUGCCGUCCAGUCACAUGGUUGAGGUCAUCCAGAAAGCCCCGCGACCGGGGCACUCUGUGCCACCAAACCCAGCCCCGAACCCGGCACCCAGCCCCGCCCUCAGCCCUGGGCGGGAGGUGGAGCUCAUGCUAACACCGGUGGAGCUGGAGCUGCCCGCAGUGAGGGCAGGGGGCAGGGCCGAGCCGGACGGGGAGCGGCCUAAACCGGACGAGCACUGACACGAAACGCCAUUCUGUGACUCCGGCUCUGAGGUCUGACCACAAAUACAUGUGCCAUACUGCAGUAACAGUACUGCAGUAACAGCAGUACAGUAACAGUACUGCAGUAACAUUACUGCAGUAACAGUACUGCAGUUCAGAUGUCAGAGUCAGGGGAGGAGGCGUAUGAAGCAUUGGUGGAAAUCCAGAUAAUGGAAGAAUGAAGCCCAUGCCAUUUUGUUUUUAUGUUCAGCUCUGCUCAUCUGCUCCAGGACUGAACCAGGACUGAACCAGGACUGAACCAGGACUUGAGGAGUUGAGCAGAACUGUCUUUGUAUUCGUGCUUUGUUUCUUUGGUUUGUCCCUGAAUGUUACACAGACUCUUAGGUGCAGUGGGACAUGGCACAGUUCAGCACAGGUCGACACAGGUCGGCACAGUUUGGAGCAGUUUGGCAGUUACGGGUUUGAGAGACGUUCUUCCAGAUGUGUCUCUUUGUGUGAAAAAGGCAAUAAGCUCAGAGCGAUUAGAGGUUUGUGAACGAGUAAGAAAUAAUGUAAACUUUAAUUUUAACACAAGUAAAUAAGAACUAUUCUACAUUACAACAAUUUAGAACUGUUUAACUCAGAUGCCCUCCCAUCCUCCUGUAUCCCUGUGUCAGAUGCCCUCCCAUCCUCCUGUAUCCUUGUGUGUCAGAGAUGGAGCAGGUCACAUGUCUCUAGUAAAUCUGCAGAUGUUGUGGUGCGUCAGAUGCCCUUCCAGAUGUUGUGAUUGGAGAAAUAUAGAAAUAAUCAGGGGACAAAAAACAUGUGACUUUAGAUUUUUCUGAUGAAAAAACUGAGAAUGACAUAAGAAGGUUCAUUAAUAAGACCAUUUACAGACGUGGACAAAAAUAAUUGGUACCCCUCUGGUAAUGAAAGAAAAAUCAACAAUCAUCACUGAAAUAACUAGAAACUGAUAAAAGUAAUAUUAAAUAAAAAUUUACUGAAAAUUGUCCAACAAAAAUUAAACAUUGUUUUUCACCUGUGAUUCAACAGAAUCAGUAGAAAAAACAAAAUAAUGAAACUGGCCUGGACAAAAAUGAUGGUACCCUUAACAUAAUAUUUUAUUGCACAACCUUUUGAUGCAAACUCUGCAAACAAAUGAUUUCUGUAACUGUCAAUGAGACUUCUGCUCUGGUCAACAGGUAUUUUGACCCACUCCACAUGAGCAAACUGUUUUAGUUGUUUCUGGUUUGAAGGGUUCCUUCUCCAGAUGCAUGUUUCAGCUCAUUUUACCGACGCUCAAUAGGACUGAGAUCUGGAGAUCCUGUUGGAAGACCCAUGACCUACGCCUGAGACCAAGCUUUCUGACACUAGUCAACACAGUUUGUUCCAAAAUACCUUGAUAGUUUAGAGAUUCCGUUGUACUUUGUACAGAUUCAAGACACCCUGUGCCAGAUGCAGCAAAACAGCCCCAGAACAAAACCAGGUCUCCUCCAUGUUUCACAGUAGGGACACUGUUCUUUUCUUGGUCUACUUCAUUUUUGCGUCUGUGAACAUAGAGCUGAUGUGUCUUGCCAAAGAGCUUCAGUUUUGUAUCAUCUGUCCAAAGAACAUUCUCCCAGAAGUUUUGUGACUUGUCAGUCUGCAUUGUGGCAAAUUCCAGUUUAACUUUUUUAUGAUUUGCUCUCAGUAGUGGUGUCCUCACAUGAAGUCCACUUUGGCUCAAACAGUGAUGGAUGGUGUGAUCUGACACUGAUGUACUUUGCCCUUCAAGUUCACAUUUAGUUUCUCUGGAGGUUCUUCUGGGCUCUUUGGUUCCAUUCGUAUGAUCCAUCUCUUCAUUUUGUCAUCAGUUUUCCUCUUGCAGCUGCGUCCAGGGAGGUUGGCUUCAGUCCUGUGGACUGUAAACUUCUGAAGAACAUGUGUAACUGUAAUCACAGGAACAUCAAGCUGCUUGGAGAUGGUUUUAUUGUCUUUAUCUUUAACCUGCUUGUCUAUCGAUUUCUUUCUUGUCUCCUGACACAGUUCUCUUCUUCUCUUUCUCUGGUCCAUGUUCAGUGUUGUGUCCAUCAUGUCUCCAAACAGCAGAAUGACACAUGUGCCCCUUUAAACAGACAGACACCUGUGAUGCAGAUUAGAGACACACUGAAGUUUAACAUGUCCCUAUUGUCCAACUGUUUACAAUCUUCUCUUGGGGAACCAUCAUUUUUGUCCAGGCCAGUUUCAUUAGUUUGUUUUUUUAAAUAAUUCUGUUGAAGAACAAUUCAAAAACAGUGUCUGAUUUUCAUUCGUUUAUUUUUCAGGAAAUUUUGUACUUAUUAUUGCUUUUCUUGAUUUCAAAUAAUUUCAGUAAUCAUUGUUGAUUUUUCUUUCAUUAUUAGAGGGUACCAACAAUUUUGAACACAUCUGUAAAACAUAGUACCAGAACUGUAGUGUAAGUGCAGUAAUUAUUCAAGUAGAAAUAUCAGUACAUAAUUAUUACUGGAACCAACACAAUGCACCAAAUUCCAGUACUCUAGUGACUAAAAUAAAAACACAUCUCAUCUCCAGAAGCACAAUCCUCUGCGGCAAAAAAACACUAAAUAUGACUGUUUAAUAUGACACAGAUUAGGAUCAUUUUCAGAUCAAAAAUAUUUUUGAAUGUAAAUGUAUUUAUUCCCCCAAAUCUUUGCACUAAUUAUUUAUUUAAAUUCUAAAUUUCAGUUGGAAAUUUCAGUUGGAAGUUUCUUUGUUGCUGGGAAAAAUUUAAAGAGGGGGUAUUCCUCAAUUAUAAUUUUUUUUAAUAAUGUUGUUACCUCAUCAAAAACACACCUGGAGAGGUUUUAGAGUCAUCCAUGCAUGUUUGAGUAAUCUAGAGACUCCUUCUGGUUAGCAGUACAAGUGAAAUGAUACACAACAAUCCUCCAUAAAUAUACAAAAACAUAAUGCGAAACUACACAGGAACUUGACAAACCCGAUGAGAUGUGCAGUGGAUUCAUUAGCUAAUUCAGUGUGUUGUGAUAGUGCUCUGAAGGGGGAGUGAGCAAAUGGAGGGUCAAAAACGAAAGUGAAAUGUAUUAAACAUGUCAGUACGUUGUUCUGGGCAAACAUACUGUAGCAUGUUCCAGGGAACAUGGUGAUCUAAAUCUGUUCUGUGUUAUACUUCAUACCCCACAUAAGUCAAAUACCCCCUCUUUAAUGCCUUAAUGUCAAUGACUUUUUGUGGAUUUGUUGAAAUGUGUUUCCUUUAUGUCAUUAUUUAAUUCUACUGGAUAACAUAAAAAUAUAAUUCCCCAUAGUUCCAAAAAUGCAGUGAGAUUUGAAAAUGUAUUUGAAUUCCUGUGUUAAAAGUGGUUAAAGUUGCACUCUUGAAAAGUUUGUUUAAUGCUGAAUUUUUGGGGAAUUUUACAUAUUUUCUGCUUUAAAAUCGAUCCAAACUAAAAUAUAUUUGCAAUUUAUUUAAUUUGUUCAGAAAUGCAGUUUGGAGUCGAGUGAUUGUUUAUUUUUUUUAAUGGAUGUUAAAGGAAAAGAAAGUGAGUUUGAACUGAGCUAUUAAACCAGGACUAAACCAGGUCUGAAACAGGACUAAGCCAGGAUUAAAAACAAGACUAAAUAAAUAGGACUAAAAACAGGUCUAAACCAGGACUAAAACCAAGAUUCAAGUGGGUACAAAACAGGACUAAACUAGGACUAAAAACAGGUCUAAACCAGGAUUAAACUACUGUAGGUCUAAACAAGGACUAACAGAAUUUAGUCAGGACUAAACCAGGACUGAACCAGGUCUAAACCUAGACUAAAACAGGACUAAACCAGGAAAUUGGGAACUAUAAAGAGGACUCAUAUGAACCUGGUUGUCACCAAGGACUAAACCCGGACUAACUUUGAACUACAUUACCCAUGGUUCUUAGCGACUGUUGGAGGCAGAAGGUGAAUCACUGUGAAACUUAAACGGGUCAAAGAUAGAAUCGGAUCAGAGCUCGGGUCCUCCCUCCUCCUUCCUCCUCGUCUCCUUUCCUUCCUCCUAUACCUCCUUUUUUCCUUCCCUCUCUCCUCGUCUCCUGCCUCCUCUCUCCUUGUCUUUGCUCUUCUUGUCUCCUUUCCUUGUCUCCUCUUUCCUUCCCUCUCUCCUUUGCUUCCUGCGAUGCAGUUCUUCAUAAUUUGACCCAAAUAUUUUUUUUUUCUGUUUAGUUUGAAAUGUUUUGUUUUUGUUUGAGCCUCUUUGGGGACAGAAAAUAAAAUGUAAACAUCCUAUAGCUCUAGUCCUUUGUACAUUGGCUUUAAUUUGUAUAUUUCACAUGAUUAAACCUUCAUAUUGUGCCAUGUGAGUUUUGUCCCCAGAGAGCCUCCGUCUGAUUGUUUAAAUUUGUGCAGUGUCUCGUCUCUGCAUGUUUUUGUGUCGGUUUUUAAAAUUGUUAAAAAAAAAAAAAAGAAUUGUUAAAGUUGAACUGGUUUUGUGGCGUCGUUUUGCACUUUAACAGACACAUUCAGGGUGCAGAGUUUGUCCCUGCUUUUGGUUUUUCAUAUUUUCAUCGCUGGAAUAAAAGACGACGCAAGCACCA